UGAAGAACUGGUGCGGAGGUCUUACACACUUUGCAUCCGAGCCUUAGGCGACGAUGGCGGCGGAGACCUCGGUGCCAUCUCUGCUUGCUCUGGCCGACCUCCUCUCCGGUCCCCGCGAUGAAGACGAGGAGGAGGACGAACUUGGCCAGGGUUCAUCUUCAGCAGCAAGCAACAUGGGGCCAGGGCAUAUUGGACCUCUGAAGACCAUGGAGCCUGCAACCAACAUCUGUGUGAAAUAUGGAAAUAGCAAAGAGAUCUGGAGUGCAGAAGAGGUACCAGAGGGAUCAGAGUAUGAUGACUCCUGGGACUCCAGAGAACAACCUGAAUAUGAAAUUUUGUUCAAGCAGCAGGUGGCAGCUGAGGACCUGUUCCUGGGCAUGAACAGAAAGGACCCUUCCACAGCCUGUUGUGAGGACAUGCUGAUUAAAAUCAAACUGCCAGAUACGAAGGCUUCAGACAUCACUCUUGAUAUCAAGGAAAAGGUUCUUGAUCUUCGGAGCCCCCAGAAGAAGCUCCUCUUGCAUCUCCCACACCCUGUGGACCCCAACUGUGGAAAGGCCUGUUUCCUCUCUGAAAAUGGCAUUCUGGAAGUCACCCUGCGCAUGAAGCGAGAGUUUGAUUUCAUCAACAUUGCUUGAAGAGAAUGGAAUGGAAAGCUCCAUAAAAGGGGUGGAGGGAUGGUCCCUUCUCUCCUGUUCAGCAGCUUCUUGGCAAUGAGAGUGCAAAGAGGGCAGUUCUGUAUCCGUUUGAAAAGGACCACUAGAGCAGCCUUAGUGACCGGUAGCUAAUACUGACAAUGUAUGGAAUCAUUUCUCCAAAAGGCAAAACGGUUCGCUCCCAUCAGCACUGAGCCUGGCAAUGCAGCCGAGCUGGCAUCACUGGUGGGGGACAAUGGUAGGAAUCUCCUCUGGAAACAGGAAAGCUUCUGUGGAUGUUUGGCUGCACCUCUGUAAACAACAAUAACUCUUAAAAGUGAUGGUUGAAUAAGUCAAACUGGCAAGCAGUAAAUUGAUGACCAUAGCAUAGGAAAGUAAGAAAUAUAACACAUGUAUGCAGUUCCAACAGCUGCUGUGAACAGUGGAAGAGCAUGUGAAGGCCUCACUGAGUGUUUAUUCUGGCCUGCUGUGUCCUACUUCUCAGAUCUAGUUACAGAAAACUGUUAAAGACAGAGGAAAGAAGCACUUCAUUCACCAAUCUGGGAUUGAUCCUGUACCAUUCAUUAGCAUAACCAGGCUGCAAUUGACAAGAGGAAGAGCU